UUUCAAUGUAAAUAUCGCACAGUUGGACUCGAAGAAAAUAUUACAAAACUUUUUGGUCAACUUAGAUCAGCUAAUUCUAGAAGAAUAUACAAAAGCUGUAAACGGUAGAUUGACUCGUUAGUCAAACGAGAGAAAAUUCUGAAUAAAGACAAGGCAUUGAAUGGCUUCUUACACCGAACAUCUUUCUCAUGACUAAAAAAAAAAACGGAAAAAAUUUGAAUUCUGCGAUGCCAGAAAAAAAUUCUAAGAAUCUAUCGCAUUUCAUUUCUCUAAGGAUACGGCUUAUUUCUCUACUAAUGAUUGUGCUUUUCUUCAUUUUUCGUUUAUUUUUGUUUUCUCGGUGUCUGGAGGCGUUCAAGGCAGCUGACACCAUAACCUAGGCUUUUUAACGAAUUAGAAAAUGAUAAUCAAAAUUUAAAAGUUCUAUCUAAAACAUUUCGGCAAUAACAACGGCGCAUUAUAUGCCUAGGAAAAACAAAGACUGAAAGAUAUUUUAUUCAAACUACGGCAUCCAAUAUAAAUUUAUUUUCUGCGGUACAAAAAAAUCAAAAAUAUAAUUAUUAUUCAAUCUAUAAUCGUGUAAAGAAUUCGAAAUAAAUAAAGCUUUUUGACACUGACCUUUUAAUAUCAUUUAAUAUUUUUUUUUUGGUUCGUCAAAUUGUUGUUCAUACAUAAAGGUAUGGGAAAAUAUGAGUUGACCCGAUACAAAGCCUAGAAAAGCAAUGGGCCUUUAGACGUUUUAUAUUAAGCAAGCCAGCUUGAGUAAUUAGAAGGAAUAAAUUGACACGCACAGCAAGUUGUUUUUCUUCGCUAUUUUCAAGCCAGAUGUUACUUGCAAUAUAAAAAGGUUUGUUAGAAAGUAGGACGCAGUCGAAUUCGCGAAGAAAUGUGGACUACAGAAGUAAAUCCCGGAGUGACUAAAAAGGUAGCGAUGUUGUCUGCGUUUAGUGGAAGCUUGGCUUUGAUUGACAGCGUGUGCGGCUUCGUUCUCCUGGGAUACAAUGCAACGUCAGGAGACGGACUCUGGUCAGGGCUUGGGAUGGCCGUCUCCGCCGUACUAGGUAUCCUUCUUUGGAAAUUCAGACUCAAGGCAAUCAUGGUGGCGUUUCUGGUUAUCAAUGUUUUGCUCGUAGUGGCGAUGUCGGUACAGGCAGUGUCGGCAGGUAUCGCGUAUCACCUAUGGUCGCGGCUUCGCAGCGCCACCAACUGUAGGAUCUCGCUCGGACGAUGCCGAUGUACGACAGAAGACGGGCAAAGCCCACCGAUUGAUGUUGCCACUUGUGAUCUAUUGAGCCUGUUCGACACUGGGUUUUUGAUUCUGUGCGUUGCCUCUUCAUUCGGGGUGAUUGUGGCGCUGAUUGGGGCCACGCUCGGCUGCCAGACUGCCUGCUGCGACAAGGAGGAUGAUGAGAGUUACGAGGAGAGGGGAAACGAGCAUGAGAAGCCAAAACAUUCCAUUGAAGAAACGACUUGCUCCUCGAUCGAGCAAACAAAGACAACGAUGUAGGACCUCUAGAAAACUGUUGUCCUGCACGACAUCAUUUUGUGGUUAAAA